AGCGAGAGGCCUCGAGAGGGAACCGAGGGCGGGCGAAGCGAAGGGGAGGGGAAUAGAGAUCGGGGAAGGUCGAGCGCUCGGACCGCCUCUCCCCGAGAUCGAGAGCGAUGACGGACGGUCAUCUCUUCAACAACAUCCUCCUCGGAGGACGCGGUGGAACCAACCCUGGGCAACUGAAGGUGCACGCAGGUGGGAUUGCAUGGAGAAAGCAAGGUGGUGGAAAGAUUAUUGAUGUCGACAAGGCAGAUAUUGCUCGAGUUACCUGGAUGAAAGUUCCCAGGGCAUAUCAACUCGGGGUUAGGCUUAAAGAUGGAUUGUUUUACAAGUUCAUCGGAUUUCGUGAACAGGAUGUCAGCAACUUGACAAAUUACAUACAGAAGAAUAUAGGCUUAACGCCAGAAGAGAAGCAACUUUCUGUCACUGGCCAUAACUGGGGGGAAAUUGAUAUAAACGGGAACAUGCUCACCUUCUUAGUUGGCUCAAAGCAAGCAUUUGAGGUUUCUUUAGCAGAUGUUGCUCAAACCCAGCUUCAGGGAAAAACAGAUGUCUACAUGGAGUUCCAUGUUGAUGAUACUACAGGAGCAACCGAGAAAGAUUCAUUGAUGGAUUUAAGUUUUCACAUACCUACUUCCAAUACACAGUUCGUUGGUGAUGAAAACCGUCCUCCAGCUCAGGUUUUCCUUGAUAAAAUAGUCUCAUUGGCCGAUGUUGGCUCGUCUGAAGAACCGUUUCUCACAUUUGAAGGAAUUGCAAUCCUCACACCCAGGGGGCGACACAGUGUGGAGCUUCACCUUUCAUUCAUGCGGCUUCAGGGAUUGGCUAAUGAUUUUAAAAUUCAAUAUGCCAGUAUUGUCCGGCUUUUCCUACUUCCGAAGUCCAACCAACCCCAUACCUUUGUUGUAAUUACUCUUGACCCACCAAUUCGGAAAGGACAAACUUUAUAUCCACAUAUAGUUAUUCAGUUUGAAACAGAAUAUGUAGUCGAGAAGAACCUGUUACUAAGCGAGGAGCUCUUGUCAACCAGAUUCAAGGACAGGCUGGAACCAUCCUAUAAGGGCUUAAUCCAUGAGGUUUUCAUUAAGACCUUGCGUGGCAUAUCUGGAGCCAAGGUGACCAGGCCAGGUUCCUUUCGUAGUUGUCAAGAUGGAUAUGCAGUGAAAUCAUCACUUAAAGCUGAGGAUGGUUUGCUGUAUCCACUUGAAAAGGGAUUUUUCUUUCUUCCAAAACCUCCAACACUCAUUCUUCAUGAUGAGAUUGACUUUGUUGAAUUUGAACGCCAUGGCGCAGGAGGAUCGAGUGUGUCAUCUCACUAUUUUGAUCUCCUUGUUAAGCUUAAAAAUGAUCAAGAGCAUCUUUUCAGAAAUAUCCAGAGAAACGAAUAUCAUAAUCUCUUCGAAUUCAUUAAGGCAAAGGGUAUGAAGAUACUGAAUCUUGGAGGUUCUCAAACAACCAAUGGAGUUGCUGCUGCUCUUCAUGAUGAUGAUGAUGAUGCUGUAGAUCCACAUCUUGAACGAAUAAAGAAUGCUGCUGGGGAUGAAAGUGAUGAAGAGGAUGAAGAUUUUGUUGUUGAAAAGGAUGAUGGUGGAUCACCCACAGAUGAUUCUGGGGAAGAGGAAUCUGAUGCUAGUGAAAGUGGAGAAGAGAAAAAAUCUUCCAUUAAGGAUUCCAAGAAGGAAGCUACUGGAGUGAAGGCACCAUCUGCUAAGGGUAAAAGCAGAGAUGGAGACGAAGAAGGUUCAAAGAAGAGAAAGCCAAAGAGGAAGAAGGAUCCUAAUGCACCAAAACGGGCUAUGUCAGGCUUUAUGUUUUUCUCAAAUGCUGAAAGAGAAAAUUUGAAGAAGGGCAAUCCAGGGAUGUCAUUUACAGACGUUGGAAGGGCCCUUGGAGAGAGAUGGAAAAAAAUGAUAGCUGAAGAGAAGGAACCAUACGAGUCGAUGGCUAGGGCAGAUACUAAACGGUACAGGGAGGCCAUGGCUGAUUACAAGAGCGGAGGUCCUUCCACCACCACCAAUAUGGACUCCGGAGAGUCCGAAUGAAGUAAACCUGCGAAACCAAUAUCGGAGGACUAUCCAUUAUUGUGAAGCAUGCAACUAACCUUCUCUUUUGUUACUACUCUACUCUAAUGUAUGCUGUGCUUUUACGCUUUAUUGAAUUCGGUAGAUACGUUGUAAGAACAAUAUAAUUGAGAGUGGGAGUGUUGCUUUAAUUAGAGCAUCUAUUUGACCA